GCAAGCAAGGCAGCCCAGACGUGCUUCUUUGAGACAUUGAGGGCUGAAAUAGGUUCUGAUUUGGGGAUCACUAUUGUGAGUCCCGGAGUGGUUCAGUCUGAAAUGACAGAAACCCCAGAAUUUCAAUCUCAAGUUAAUUCAGACAUGAUACCGAGUCAGUCAACAGAAGUGUGUGCGAAGGCAAUUGUGGACAGUGCUUGCCGUGGAGACAUGGACUUGACGGAGCCGUCGUGGAUUCGGUUCGCAUUUUGGCUUAGGGUUUACUGUCCUCAGCUACUCGAGAGCAUUACUCAUUCCGACUCGAUCAAAAGGCCAAGGAGUACUCCCUCAGACAAAGAAAAUUAG